AUGAUUUCGGAUAUUAAAAAAUUCAAAAAUGAAUUUGUUAUUUUAAAAGAUAAUUCUUACUCUUUUAAGUAAAACGGUCAAAUUGUUUCUACUAAAUAUCCAGUUUUUCAUAAAACUUCAAUUAUUUAGAAAUAUAUAGAAAAUCCACUUUUAUUAGAUAGGAAAAAAUUUGAUAUUAGAUGCUAUUUACUAAUCGUAUCUACAAAUCCAUUUAUAGUCCUUUUUAAUUAAGGUUAUUUAAGAUUAUCUAUUAAUGAAUAUAAUAAGAAUAAUAUAAAUAGUGCAAGUGAAAAAUUCACACAUUUAACUAAUGCUGCUAUAUAAAAAAGACAUCCAAGUUUUUUACAAAAUAAAGAAAAUACCAUUUGGAGAUGCUUUGAAUUAUUAGGUUGUGAUAUUUUGAUUGAUAGUAAUCUAAGACCUUAUUUAAUAGAAAUAAAUUCUAAUUCAGCAAUAGUUACUGAUACUUUAGUAUAAUAGUAAAUUAUUCCCUAAGUUGUUAAAGAUACUCUAGAUAUAGUUUUAAAAUUUUAUCAAGAUGGAAAAUUAAGUUUAUAUAAUAAAUGUUUUACUUUAUUAAUUGAUGUUUCAAUUUAAUAUUGUUAUUUAUAAAAGCAAACAGAUUAGAAUCUAAUUUGA